UUUAAUAUCGAUUAUCGAUUUUAGAUAUUGGCUUACGCGCUGCAUCUACAAAUCGCAACCCAAAAUCUCUCUCUCUCUCUGAUUGGUUUCGUUAAAUUUCUCUCCGUCUCACGUCGCUGCCGGAUCACUUUGGGAUUUUCGGCGGGCACUUGCGUCGCACUCGCAUGACCCAAUUAUUGCGAGGGACGAAUUCCUUGAAUUUUCCGGCGAGGUAAGAUUCCAUUGAAAUUUUGUUUUGGUCCGAAGGGGAGGGGGAAACUUUGCGUAAUUACGGUCGAUUUCUCUUCAGAUCUGGGAUUUAGGGUUUGGUUGCGGGUGAUGUUAAUUUUGGAGGAGGGGUUUUGGUAGAUGGAAUCGGGCGUGAGAUCGAGUGGUUCUGGGGUUUUGGUGGAGAGCAGAAACUCCUCGGGUUGUUUAAUUGUGCGAAAGAAAGGGGAUGGGUUGGGUGCUACUGCUUCCACCUCUCGGAAGCUUUAUGAAUCGAAGAAAAGGGCCAACAUUAACGUGUCCUUGAGUGAUUCUGGGUCAAGCGACGAGUUGAUGAUGCCUCCCGGUAGAAGGGUUGGCCCGGAGACUAUACGAGUUUGCAAUGGUUUGGCUGCCUCUGAGCGUGGUAGUAGUGAAAUUAGUCGCAAGAGGAAUAGAGUGGAACUGAUUAGGGGUAGUGGAGAAGGUAUUGCUUCGGAGAGAGGUUUGGAGCAGAGGGAUAGGAAGCUUACUAAAUUGGAUGUGUAUGAUUUUGACGAAUAUGAUGGUAUGGAUAUGGAAAACAUGAGGAGGAGGCAUUUGGAUGGUAAUGGAGUUGGUCAUGGAGGAGGAAAGUUUAUGGGAUCAGUUCAUGCUUCUAGAAUUGGCGUUGAUAGGGAAUUCAAAACAGGGUCAAGUGGACGUGUUCUUGAUAAGAGAAAGGACUCCCAUUAUGACAGGCCCAGUGGCUUGUAUCCCGGGGAUAAUGUUGAUCACAGUAGACUCAAGAUGAACAGGGAUAUGGCUCGACUACCGCUACCAUCACAGAGGGAGAAGCUUAAUUCAGAUGGGUCCAUUAGGGUUCAAGGAAAAAAUGGUGUUUUGAAGGUAAUGGUUAAUAAGAAUAAGGUGGGUGUGUCAUCAGAACACUAUGAUCAUCGUAAACCUGUGGAAAGCAGGGAAAGCAGGCAAAGGUUGAAGAGUGAAGAGAAUGCCACAAGAUGGAUGAGUGAAGAGAAUGCCACAAGAUGGAUGAGUGAAGAGAAUGCCUCAAGAUGGAAGAGCGAAGAAAAUGCCAAGAAGUUGAAGACCGAAGAGACUGCCAAGAAGAAUGUUCCAAUUUGUUCUUCAUCGUACUUGGAAGCCAAACCUGUUGAGAAACCAAGAUUACUUAAGAGGCUGGAGAAGAAACGGAUAGCAUCAAGAAAAUCCUUGUCAAGCAAGGACAGUAAGGGUGAUGAGGGGGAUUCAGAUAACAGUGACACAUCAUUGAAUCUGGGAAUAAAAAAUACUGAAGCUCAUAAGCCUGGGAAAAAAAUAAUCUCUGACGAUGAGCAGACUCCAGGGCAUGAAAAACUCCCCACCACAAAAGUUAAAGAAGGAAAAAUCAAGCGUGGUAGUGGUACAGAAAAACAGAAGCUGCGAGAACGAAUAAGGGAGAUGCUGCUGAGUUCAGGUUGGACCAUAGACUAUCGACCUCGAAGGAACAGAGACUACCUGGAUGCAGUUUACAUCAAUCCAUCAGGUACAGCCUAUUGGUCUAUCAUCAAGGCCUAUGAUGCACUUCAAAAGCAAUUGAAUGAUGAUGCUAAUGAGGCCAUGCGCAAAGGAGACAGUUCUUCUUUUGCUCCUAUUGCAGAUGAGGUGCUCAGUCAGCUAACAAGGAAAACUAGGAAGAAAAUGGAGAAAGAAUUGAAAAAGAAGAAGAAAAGAUAUGAUAGUGAAAGUGAUAAUAAAAGAGAGCCGCAGUUAAGACGAUCUUCCACCAACAAGCAUGAAAUGAAUAGCACAGAUAGUGAUAGUGACAGGGAGAAGUUAAGCUCUUUUAUAAAGCAUGGAAGUAAGUCAAUAAAAAAUAAAAUGUUUGAAAAUACCACUAUCAGUGCUCGCUCUAAAAUUCCAAAUGCUAACCAUCACUCAAGUGACGGAAUAGAAAAAUCAUCAUUUGGAUGUGAUCCUUAUAUACAUGGACGGAAAAGUAAAAAACAUGGAAGAUGUACUUUGUUAGUUCGCAGUUCUGACAAAGGAUUAAAUUCAGAAGCUGAUGGCUUUGUCCCAUAUAUGGGAAAACGGACAGUUCUUUCCUGGUUGAUUGACUCUGGAUCAGUAGAGUUAAGCCAAAAGGUUCAGUACCGCAGACGGAAGAAAGUCCUGCUGGAGGGGUGGAUCACAAGAGAUGGUAUUCAUUGUGGCUGCUGUAGUAAGAUCCUCACAGUUUCAAAGUUUGAGCUUCAUGCAGGAAGCAAAUUGCCACAGCCUUAUCAAAACAUAUAUUUGGAAUCUGGAGUUUCUCUUCUACAGUGCCAGAUAGAUGCAUGGAAUAGACAAGAGCAUUCUGAAAAAAUUGGUUUCCAUUCUGUUGAUAUUGAUGGAGAUGAUCCAAAUGAUGAUACUUGUGGUAUAUGUGGAGAUGGAGGGGAUUUAAUCUGUUGUGAUGGUUGUCCGUCAACAUUUCAUCAGAGAUGCUUGGAUAUACAGAUGCUUCCUCCCGGUGAAUGGCAUUGUCCGAAUUGUACCUGUAAAUUUUGUGGCAUAGCCAGUGGAACUUCUGACAAAGAUGAAGCAACUGUGUAUGUCCUACGUACUUGCAACUUAUGCGAGAAGAAAUAUCAUGACUCUUGCACUAAGGAGAUUGAUACCCUUCCUGAUAACUUUAAUACAUCAAGCCUUUCUUUUUGUGGGAAAGAAUGCAAAGAGCUGUCUGAACACUUGAAGAAAUACCUUGGUGCUAAGCAUGAACUAGAAGCGGGUUUUUCUUGGUCUCUCAUUCAUAGAACAGAUGAUGACUCAGAAGCUGCUUGCAGGGGAAUUACCCACAGGGUAGAAUGCAAUUCCAAGCUGGCUAUUGCACUGACAGUGAUGGAUGAAUGCUUUUUACCUGUUAUUGAUCGAAGGAGUGGGAUCAAUUUAAUCCGUAAUGUUUUAUAUAAUUGUGGGUCAAACUUUAGUCGGUUGAGUUAUAGUGGCUUUUACACAGCUAUUUUGGAGAGAGGGGAUGAAAUUGUCGCAGCAGCAUCUAUCAGGUUCCAUGGAACUAUGAUAGCAGAGAUGCCAUUCAUUGGAACUCGCCAUAUAUAUAGGCGCCAAGGGAUGUGCCGCCGGCUUUUUUCUGCCAUUGAAUCGGCCCUUUGCUCUCUGAAGGUUGAAAAGCUAGUUAUUCCUGCAAUUGCUGAACUCACACAUACAUGGACGACAAUUUUUGGCUUCACACAUCUAGACGAAUCACUCAGACAAGAAAUGAAGUCACUGAAUAUGAUGGCCUUCCCUGGUAUAGAUAUGCUACAGAAGGCUAUAGUGGAACAAAGAAAACAUGAGGGUGAUACAACCACAGGUUCUGAGAAAAUGGAAAAUGGAGGUAAUGAUUUGACCAAAACGGGAAAUAGGUCUGAUUUGGGUUCUUCAACUCCGCAAGAUCCUCAUGGAAGUGAUGAUGUUAGUUCAAAUCCUACCAAUGAGUCGAAUGAUGAAUGUAGCUAUGCUUCUCAAGAACUAAACAACCAUGUUUUGGUCGAUGGGACUCUCCGUUCCAAAUCUUAUUCUGAGGAAAUGGUGUCUGAUUCAGUUUCAGAUAAAUGUGUUUCUCCUUCUAGAACAAGUCAUAGUGCAGUGCAAAUGAAAAAUGAAGAAUUGACUGCUUCUCCUGUUGAUAAAUUAAAUCCUUCUUCCAAAAGUCAAUCCAUUUCUCUGAAUGGCACUUCUGUGAGUCGUCACCCAUUAGAUAUUCGGAGAGCUCAAACUUUGGUUCAGGAAACUGCUUGUUCUGAACGGUGUCCCGCAGAAAACCUUGACAAGAAAUGUCACUCAUCCACUGCUAUGAAUUGUGAUUCAUUGGAGCUUGACAUUAAUCCAGUGUUGGAUUCUGAAAUGGCAGACAAUACUACGCCUUCUAAAGAGGUUUAUAUGAAUGACGCUCUUGAAACAGUUCCUUCAGGGAAUUUAUCUGGAGAGAAUAUUGCAAAGGGGAAUAAUGAAAAUGUAGAUGUCUCCGGUUCUGCUCUCAAUCAUGCUAAUGAGAGUUAUUUGCAACUAGGUUCUGAUUCCAAUGGUGAAAUUGGAUUUGAGAAUGACAAGUAUUUACAUUUGUAACGCAGGAGUUGCUUCAAAUGAAAUGGAUCUUGAUGAAAGUGGCCUAAAUGCUUCAGGUGAUUGUUCCGAGACUGUUCUGGUCUAACAGAAUGAUCAAGUCAUGUACUGCUCGUGAUUCUCUCUGUAAGUUUAUCAAGGUUUUUGAAGUUUCGGCGUUGUGCUUUGAUCCGGUGUUAUGAAUAAGUUCUAUUGAUUGAGGGAAGUAUUGUUUGGUCCCCUUGUCAUUUAUGAGUUAAUUUUUUAAGGUUAAAAGUAGCUCACUUCAAUUUUAUGUGAAUGUUACUUCUGCCAAAAAGAUUCUACUGCAUCUGGCACCAGACCUGUUGCCAUAUGAUCAUUUAGCUGAAUGGGUGAAGUUAUUGGAAAGUAAUCUGCAACGGUCCUUCAAAUUA